UUUCUAGAUACCCAUGAGAUAAAAGUAAAUAUUUCGCGUUUUAUUUGCUUAGCAGUCGAUUUUUUGGUCUAUGGAAUGUGACUGGAGGUUGGGUUUUUCGAUGGUGGUUGUGGGAAUUGUCUGGAGGGAUUUCACGAAGAGGUCGCUUUUUAGUGGUUAGUUUACCCGUUACCGCACCCGGCUGCCCGGACGACCGAUCCAGGGUGGCUUUGGCUACAUCAAAUAGGCCCUAAAAUGCCCGGUUUUCGCACAAUUCAAUGCGCAGUUUCGAUGUUCCAAGCAAUUUUUCGACGAGGGACUAGAAACAAUCUCAAAUGGUAAAUGGAGUGAACAUUAAAAAUGAAUUUGAAUUGGUUCGCACAUAUUAUCGUCCAUCAUCCCUACAUCAUUAUAUCAGCAGUUGCUGUGUUCUCUGGUACAUGCCUGGUGAUACCUUUUACACUGAAAACCAAGCCCUUCAAAGACUUUUCUGACCCCAAAAUGGGCUUCACUACCAGAGGAACAGUUAUAUCAAACAGACUAACUGCUUGGAAAAACUUAGAUGAAUCAACUAGACCAUCAGGACAAUUUGCUAUUAACCCCAAAGAUAUUUUGAUAAAACGAAAUGUAACAUUUUUUAAACCUAAAGUUAGGAAAAAUGGAAAAAAGAAGAAAAACAAACAAAAAAACGAUUUUUCUAAUGUAUUUAUAAAUGAAGCAAGUAAUAAUCGCUCUGACAAUAGCUACGAAAAUAAUAAUUGGAGGGCUUUACAAAACAUGUUGCAUCGAAAAACUGGUGACAAUGUCCCUGUAAAACCGAUUGAAAUUGACGGAUUUUUUUGUGGUCAUCCUGAUGAACGAUACGCUCACAUAGUUUUAAAAUCGAAAAAUAAUGAGGACCUUUUCACUUUAAAAUCGUUACUCGCUCUGUGUCGCAUAGAGCACGAAUUUAUUGAAGCUCACUAUUAUAAAGACUUAUGCACUUCGAAUCAGGAUUACCAUGUAAAGAAGUGUUGUAAGCCAUGGUCUUUAGCCAAUUAUAUAGCAAUUUUACACAAUAGAACUUCGUGUUUAGCAAUUACGGAAGAAGACGUAAACGCAACAAAAACGUUAUUGAUAAGUUGUUCGCAAUAUUUUCAUAAACUGCAAUUAAUGCAAGAUUGCUUUGAUAAGGGAUACUGUGAUGCACCGCUUGAAUGCGUUCGACACGAUGCCGUUUUUAAUGUGCUUAAUUUUUUAACGAGCACGACGUUUCUACCACCUAAUAAGACUCGAGAGAGUACAACGUUAGAAGAAACAAUGAUCUUUCUACCACUAGCAUGUAGUACAGACAUUUUACCAUAUUAUCACGAAAUCAUUAAAAUGGACUUAGAAUAUGAAGGCAUAUCAGUUGUAGCAAUGGAAUUUGGUAUUAAAGAUGCUCUAUUUGACGAGUGUCUGCUACGGGAUGUUUGGUUGAUGACUUCCGGGGCACUCUUUGUGUUACUAUGCAUGUGGCUAUAUACGGAAUCAUUGUUCCUGACUAUCAUGACAAUAAUUGCAAUCAUAUUCUCACUGGGGAUUUCGUAUUUUAUGUAUAUGCUAGUUUUUGAGCUGAAAUUUUUUCCGUUUAUGAAUUUGCUAGCUAUUAUUGUUGCAAUCGGUAUAGGAGCUGAUGAUGCUUUUAUAUUUUGUAAAAUUUGGCAUAAGGUUAAAGAAGAAAAAAAUAGCUCGAUUGUCAAAGUAAUGGGUGAUACCUUCCAUCAUGCAUUUUUUUCAAUGUUUGUUACGUCCUUAACGACUUCGGUGGCUUUCCUUGCGUCCUAUGCAAGUUCAGUGACGGCAAUAUGUUGUUUCAGCAUAUUUUCGGGAACGGCCGUAAUAACGAAUUUUUUUAUGAUGAUUACUUGGUUCCCCGCAUGUAUUGUAAUAUGGGAGCGUUCAUGUUGUUCAAAUGUUGAUUUAGCAAAAAGUUGUUUGAUGGCAUGUUUGCAACGUUGGUGUUGUUCAAAAUUGAUAAAACCGACAUGGAAUUUAUCGACAACAUGGCCGAAAUGUUCAUUUUUGGGAAGAAUAUGGAACUCCAAAGAACGAUUCUUGUUAGACAGUGUUGUCAAUUUCAGAUAUAUAUGGUUGGUUAUAUUGUCCAUAAUAGGUUUAAUAAGUACGAUCGUAGUUAUUUAUUAUCCGAAAUUUAAACUUCCUGAUUCAUCCGAAUUUCAAUUGUUCGACAGUUCGCACCCGUUCGAACAAUACGAUUUUAAAUACAAAUACCAUUUUUGGUUCAGACGUGAGGAAAGGGAAAAUUUGAUUGAUGUUAAUUAUAAACUUCCGUUACGUUUUGUCUGGGGUGUUUUACCUGUAGACAAUGGCGAUCAUCUCAAUCCGGAAAGUUACGGCAAACUGGAAUUGGAUCCGGACUUUGAUAUAUCCCAACCGGAAUCUCAAGUGUGGCUUUUGAAGUUUUGUAAACGCUUGCAACGUCAGCCUUUUUUUCAACCUACUUUUGGUCCCCUUUUGCCAAACUGCUUCAUUGAAACGUUUAUGCGAUCGAUGCAAAGAGAUUGUGUUGAUUCAUUUUCUUUAAGAGAUUGGUCACCUUGUUGUAAAAUGUCAACAUUUCCGUAUAACAGUAGUGUGUUUUAUGAAUGUAUUGUUGAAGAAAUGACGGAUAUUUAUGAAACACCUAGUCAAUAUUUGAUACCCGGAAUGGCCGGUCCGAAAUUUUCUAAAGACCAAUUUCCGACAAUAAAAGCUGUUAUUGUAGAGUAUGAUAGUAAUUAUAGUUAUUCAAUGUCUUAUGAAUACAUGCAUGAAUUUUACACGAAAGUAGAGAAUUGGAUGAUUGAGGAGCUGAAGACAGCUCCUAAAACGAUGAAAAAUGGGUGGUUUAUUAGUGAGUUGGAAUUUUACGACUUGCAGAGAGAAUUAUCGGAAAAUACUAUAUUAGCAAUUAUAGUGUCAAUGGGAUUAGCUUUAAUAGUCUUGCUUUUAUCAACAUUGAAUAUUUUGACAAGUUUAUACGCAAUUUUAACUAUAACAUGCAGUAUUUUUGUAACUGUUGCAGUACUAGUUCUGUUAGGGUGGAAGUUAAAUAUUUUGGAAUCUAUAACUGUGUCAACAGCUAUAGGUCUUACUGUAGAUUUUAGUUUACAUUACACUGUGAAUUAUAGAUUAUGUCCACUUGCUCUAUCGGAGGAGCGAAUCGCUGCUACCAAAUACGCGUUAUCUUACAUGGCAGGUCCUGUAUUAAUGGCAGCAUUAACAACCGGAGCAACUGGAGCAUUUAUGAUGCCCUCAUUAAUCUUGCCGUACAUACAGAUCGGAAUAUUCCUUGUAACUGUAAUGAGUGUUAGUUGGAUAUAUGCCACAUUCCAUCUGGGUGCUAUGUUGGCCAUUAUUGGACCCCAGAAUCAGUUCGGCCAAUUCCACUAUUCCAAGCUUAGUUGUUGUCCUUCCAGUAAAUCAAAAACGUCCUCUAGUGACCGAAAUCGUCCUGUUAAUCACUCCUCUCUCUCAGAUACACACGAAUUAGAUUCGUUGACUUAUAAGAGUGGAGUACGGCCUAUUCAGAGACCUUUGCAAAGGUCUCUAAGUACUGGCGGGGCUGGCAAAAACAACCACAGUAGAUAUGUUUUUACCGAUCAAUCACCCUCCGCCACCAGCGCCAUUACUAUUAUCAUGGCCGAUGACAAUUAAAUGUAACAUUAGGACUAAAUGUUCUGUGAUAUACUCUGUAUUUCUUUUUAUUUUUAUUUCGAUUUAUUACAUAAAUGCUCUUUCAACAACUAUCAUUUACCUUUGUUCAAAUGGCAUUUAAGUAACAAAUGUACACAUAUAUAAAUUCAAUAUAUAUUAUAGAAAGAAU